AUGGAUUCCGAUGAGCCCACGUAUUGGCCGUAUGAGCCGCCUGGUCAAUCCGAACGUGAUUCCUCUGAACCCGACUACGAAGGAACACCGGAGUUAUGUGAUGGAGAAUUGUCUGUGAAAAGAGGCCCAAGUCCUUCUUGGCUCGAUGGUUGGGAUGACUUUCAGUGCGGCUCAAACAAUGUUCAUUCCAGCUCAGGUGUCACCAUUGCACUCAGGCUACUACGAGAGAUAUCUGGCAUGAGUUGGAAGGAAUGGGAGGCUACAAUGGGUGCUCCUGAAGAGGGUUCUCCUUCAAGUUAUGUCACGCCGGAAGACAUGGAGCGACUACUGGAGCGGGGAGAGCUUCUGGAAGAAAUUCGACGACAAGUCAUAAACUGCCUUUCUGAACGUGAUACAGCUCUACGACAUGCUAACGCCACCCGAUACGAGCUCUCAAAACUCCGCCAGGAUGUGGUUGGAGUUGGCGAAGCUCUGUUACAGGCGGCGGGUGAGACGAACCAUCCGAAUUUCCAGAAGAAUUUGCAGAAAGUUGCGAGGGAGUUGAUUCAACAUGGAAUCAAGGGCUCGAAGGACAGGGAACAUUUCGAGUUGAAAGCGCGCCGACUCAAACCAUAUCCGCUACAAUCUCUUCAGCAUGCCAUCGAUGCUUACCCUACACUUGUAUCGAAACUGGAUUAA